AUAAACAGCAAGUGACGUUUUUGCCUUGUUUUUCAAAUUUAAUGUAAAGUGAAAGUCUCGAGUGUUAAGAACAUCAACGAUUAAUAUGAAUCAACUUACAUAACACACUCAGCCGAGAUUAAUUAUUUUCAUAUAUCUUGAUUUUGAGUUCUUAACAGCACCAUUGCAGUUGUAGUGUUGAUGUUGUUUGAAAAUCGUUUAAAUUAAAAGAUGACAGAGCAGAAUUUUCCACGUCUGAAGAAUGACCAGAUACUUAGAGCAAUCAAGGGUGAUGACGUCGACAAGGUGCCAGUGUGGAUCAUGAGACAGGCUGGUAGGUACUUGGAGGAGUUCAGGGAACUGCGUAAGAAGCAUGACUUUUUUGAAAUCUGCCAGACUCCGGAGCUAGCGUGUGAAAUAACGCUGCAGCCUAUCAACAGGUUUGACCUGGAUUGCAGCAUUAUAUUUUCUGAUAUACUUGUCAUUCCACAAGCUAUGGGACUCACAGUUGAAAUGAGGCCUGGAGUUGGACCUGUGCUGCCUCAACCACUGACAGAUCCGUCACACAUGUCCAGACUGAAGAUGCCUAAUGUUGAAGUAGAACUUGGAUAUGUUGGUAAGGCUAUUACAUUGACAAGACAUAAAUUGGAAGGCAAAGUUCCCCUUAUUGGCUUUGCAGGAGCUCCAUGGACAUUAAUGGGAUAUAUGAUUCAAGGAGGUGGAAGCUCUACAAUGGCACAAGCCAGAAGUUGGCUGUACAAAUAUCCAAAUGAGUCCCAUAAAUUGUUACAAAUGAUAACCGAUGUUCUGGUUGAUUACUUAGUUAUGCAAGUAAAAUCUGGUGCACAGUUGUUACAAGUAUUUGAGAGUCAUGGAAAUUUUUUGAAUGAUGAGCUGUUCAAAAAAUAUUCACUAAAAUAUUUUAUACAGAUAAAUAAGGAAGUGAAACGUAAACUAAGUAGCUUAAACAUUCCACAAGUUCCAAUGAUAGCAUUUCCCAAGGGAGCCACUUUGAAUUCGAUCGAAAUUUUUGCAAAAGAAGCUGGUUAUGAUGUAAUUGGCUUGGACUGGACAGUUGAUCCUAAGGAUAUCAGAGAAAGGGUAGGACCAAAUAUUACCCUUCAAGGAAAUAUGGAUCCAUGUGCCUUGUACUCAUCCGAGGAAGAAGUACGACAAAGAGCUGAAAAGAUGGUGCGUGAUUUUGGUAAACAUCGUUACAUUGCAAAUCUAGGUCAUGGAAUACUGCCAGAUACACCUAUUAAAUCAGUUGAAGCAUUUAUAGAAGGUAUUCAUUCUGUAUGAAAAAAAAUUACUGUCAUUUAAAAUUUUUUUAACAUUGACAUUAUGUGAUUCUCUAAGAAUUAAGAGGAUUUUUAU